UGUAUUUCUUUAACCAAGAUGGCGGACGACAUUGCUGUGAUGUCUCCUCCCGAUGCAACGAGUCGUGAAGCUCUUUCUGAAGGACUUUUGAAUUUAUUUAAACCAGCUAUACAAGAGUUAGAUAGUAAAGUACACAAUGUAAGACAAAGCCAAGUUGAACUAAGAACACAAAUCGAUGCUUUAACAGAAGACCUUCACAAGCUUCAAGAAUUGCAAGAAAUUCCACUAGAUCUAGAACCUUAUGUCAAAAAAUUGAUGAAUUCAAGACGACGAAUCAUGCUUGUUAAUAACAUCCUUCAAAACGCUCAGGAACGUCUUGGAAGACUCCACCAAAGUGUUACCAAGGAAACAGCCAAACGAAAGGCACUUUUGGAUGCAUCAUCGAAAUCUUAAUCUGAAAAUUUUGUAUUAUAAUAAAGAUAAACUCUUAAAAUAUGUAAGAAAAAAAUCCAAAUAGCGUUUAUUAAAGUGUGAAAAACCA